AUGGUAGGGGAGGCUUACUUCAAGUUAGGCCAACUCACAGAUGCCGAGCAUUGGUUCAAACAGUCACUGGCGGCCAAACCCGAUCACAUUCCGGCGCAUCUGACUUAUGCUAAACUGUUGGCCAAAUCCAAUCGAAUUCAAGAAUCGGAGCAAUGGUUUCUUAAGGCCAAACACUUGGAUCCAAACGACUCCAGUGUUUAUCAACACUACGGACAAUUCUUGUCAGAACAGGACAGACAUGAAGAGGCCGUAGACGUGUACUUAGCAGCUGUAAAACUGGCGCCCAAUGACUACGAGAUUAUCUUCAACACCGCCAAUACUUUACGACAUAUUAAACGCAACGAAGAGGCGGAGAACUACUACCGACGGGCGACACGACUGCGCCCUCGAGAGGCCACCAGUCAUAUGAACUUAGGAGCUAUGCUUCACGUGAAUGGAAAGCUCUUGGAGGCAGAGCUCAGUUAUUUGGAAGCCCUGCGCCUAAAACCCGAUGAUAUGAUAACUCAGAAUAAUUUGGCAAAACUGAGACAUUUAAAUAUUGAUUGGCUCACAGAAGAGAAUCUCUACCGUUCCGGCAUUGAUAUCAACCCACCAAAAGCAUUUGGCAAUUUAGCCAAUAUUUUGAGCGCUCAGUCAAAGAAGAAAGAAGCGGAAUCUGCUUACAAGAAGGCUCUCACUUAUAGAUUCAAUAUGGCUGAUGUCCACUACAAUCUUGGAAUUCUAUUACAAGAACAGGGAAGAUAUGAGGAGGCGUUGCAAAGCUAUAGAUAUGCGGUUCAAUUCAGACCCCGACUGGCAAUGGCUCACUUGAAUAUGGGCUUAGUUUUGGUACAAUUGGGCAAAAAGCAAGAGGCCAUCGAUGUCUACAAACACUGCACAACACUUGACGGAACGGGACUCAAAGACCCUAAACUCCAUGAAAGCACUAAAAUCUCAGCUCUUUUUAAUUUGGGCCGUAUUUAUGCCGACGACUCUAACUAUGAGAAGGCUCUGGAAAUAUACUUCGAAGCCAUCCAGAAGAUGCCGAGUCACUAUCAGGCACAGUCUCUCUAUAAUAUGGUAGGGGAGGCUUACUUCAAGUUAGGCCAACUCACAGAUGCCGAGCAUUGGUUCAAACAGUCACUGGCGGCCAAACCCGAUCACAUUCCGGCGCAUCUCACUUAUGCUAAACUGUUGGCCAAAUCCAAUCGAAUUCAAGAAUCGGAGCAAUGGUUUCUUAAGGCCAAACACUUGGAUCCAAACGACUCCAGUGUUUAUCAACACUACGGACAAUUCUUGUCAGAACAGGACAGACAUGAAGAGGCCGUAGACGUGUACUUAGCAGCGGUAAAACUGGCGCCCAAUGACUACGAGAUUAUCUUCAAUACUGCCAAUACUUUACGACAUAUUAAACGCAACGAAGAGGCGGAGAACUACUACCGACGGGCGACACGACUGCGCCCUCGAGAGGCCACCAGUCAUAUGAACUUAGGAGCUAUGCUUCACGUGAAUGGAAAGCUCUUGGAGGCAGAGCUCAGUUAUUUGGAAGCCCUGCGCCUAAAACCCGAUGAUAUGAUAACUCAGAAUAAUUUGGCAAAACUGAGACAUUUGUUGCAACAGAAGAGAGCCGUCGGCCCCUAAACCACAAACAUAUUAACAAAACUAUUUCUGUGAGACUAAACCAAAUGGAAGCAAAUUCUAGUCUUAAACUUACCAUAACUUAUACAGUAAUAUAUAAUAAUUUAAAUAAUAUCGCAUUUCCAUUGACGAAUAUUUUGAAUGAUUUUUAAUUCCAUAUAAUUCUGUGAUAUUUGCGAUUCUGAUUCACAAUAAGUCUAUUGAUUAACAAAUAUUUUAAGUAUUAAUACAUUUUUUAAAUUAAUUACAAAUAAUAAUAUAUUAUAGAAUUCCU